AUGAUUUGUAUGCAGGGCGAGGCCGAGGACGAGCUGCGGCUGGACGACGAGAUGGAGCGCGUGGUGUGGGGCGAUGGCGGGCCCCCGGCCCGGCUGCAGGUCUCCGGCGAACCGCUGCGAGACUCUGCUGCGCCGGUGCCUUCGCACCCGCCGCCGCCCUACGCACAGACAACGCAGGAUGGAGAAAGUUUACCUAGUACUUCGGAUAUGUCGCCAGUGAGUGCACCACAAUUAAGUAUGGGAUCAGACCAUCAGAUGUCUGGCCCCUGGUCGGGAUCCGGAAGCCCUCGAGACGCCGAUGACCGCCACGUUCAGUUCGACGGGGACCGUUCCGCACAUGCGGAGGAACCACUCGACGAUGCCAAUGAUGAACGACGAAACCAAAGAAAUACGAGACACCAUCAUCCGCACAAGUCGCGCAAGUAUUCCUUGCAAGAAAGUGGGCGGGCCGGUGUUAUUGUUGACGAGAAAUCUGCGGCCGUUGCCUCUGGUGACGAGCCACUGCUGGAAGUUGACCAAGAUGACUUACGUAGCCACCGCAGCGAUGACCCGAGAGCACUACGACGACAUAAGAUACAGCCGAGGGGCUCGACGGUGCACGUCUCCCGCAAGGACGGUGGCGACAAGGUUGCUAAUAUACUUCCCGACGCCAUUUACAAGAAAAUGUACGACCACAGGCCGCACGCGGUAUUCGUCCAACUUGACGAGCUUCUGGCAACAGAGGACGGUGAUGCCGAAUGGAAAGAGACUGCUCGUUGGAUCAAAUAUGAAGAAGAUGUUGAGGAAGGUUCCGCGCGAUGGGGUAGACCGCACGUGGCUUCGCUGUCUUUCCACUCGCUCCUUAAUCUGCGGCGAUGCUUGGAAACAGGCGUCGUGCUACUCGAUCUCGAUGAAAAGGAUCUCCCUGGUGUAGCCUACAGGGUUGUUGAAAGCAUGGUUUCGGAAGGUUUAAUAGAAGAGGAUGACAAGCCCGUGGUGAUGAGGUCAUUGUUGCUUCGACACAAGCAUGUUCAUGAUGAGAGGUUUCGUUUCUCAAUCGGGGGGCGAAAACAGUCCUCCUACACAAGUCUCCAGUCGCUGUGGAUGGAAGAGUCGGGCCCGAGCAGUGCUAAUGGGGCGCGUAUUCGAUGCUCGCUCUGCUCAGCGGCGGGCGCCUGCCGUCGACACAGCGCCCACCUUCUCGUACGGAACCCCACAGUGCGCGUG